GCUGGGACUUGUUUGGUUGUAACUGUAGGAGAUUCAGCUGGUAAUUUGAGUUAAACAACAUAGCUUUUUUUUCUAGCAUUUUAACACGAGAAGCGGAUAUAAGUAGUGUUAGCCCGAACACGUACAAAUGCUAAAUAAUGAGUAUCACAGACCAAAAACAACCAAACAAGCCCAGUCUGAAGGAGAUAUGUUUCCAAGCUGUCAGGAAAUAUUUUACAACUCUGGGCAAGGAGGCUAUUCUGGAUCUCCCUUCGCCUCUAAUAAAGGAUCUUCUGUUUCAUCUGACUGUGUGUCAACUGGAUGAGCUGCAGCCUGCAUUAAACCUCAAAGGAAUGUCAACCUACCCUGCAUGGGCCUUUUUCCUAGAGGAUUUACUUGGACCUAACCGUUUGUUCGACUUUCAAACAGAAGAAAAAGCCAAACAUGAAGUGAUGAGAAUGCUCUUUAUACUGAUACUCUAUGGCUUCCAAAACAACUUCACUGUGAAGAACAUGGCAAAUCUAAACACUCCAUCCUUCCUGUGGGCUGCAGCAAAAUGUAUCAAGCAUUUUUCCAUCUUGACCGCGUGUGAGCCUUUGAAAAAAUUAACCACUGAGCAGCAGCCCGUUCUGGACCUCCUGGAGAAGGGCAUCACAAGAGUUAGCGUAUAUACCUUGGAUCUCUCAAAGAUAGCACAAAUUGGAUUGUACGUCCUCCAUCGGCUGUUGGACCAUGGGGAGGCGAAAGAAAUCAUCGUUUAUUAUUCAUGUCCCACAGCGUUGGCCUGGAUUAUCAAUGGGAGGGGAUCUCCGUAUGUCCAUAGUACCCAGACUCAAAACACCAAAGGAAGCUCUUCAUCUCCAGCUGCUUCGACCAGUGCAUGUGAAUCUGGCUGUAGGACGGCGGGUGAACAGGGGGGUGAGGUCCCUCCCUGUAAACGCCCAAAGCUGGACUGUGCUUCUGAAGGUGUGCACAAAGCUGGAGAAACAAAGUACACUAUAGACCCACAGGCUCUUUGUGAGGCCUUUGCUCCGUGUGACAGUCGGUCAGCUGCGGCCUGUCCAAGAGGGCAGAUCGAGUGCCUGGAGGUCACCCAGUGUCAGCCCGAGGGCUUAGAGGUGAUCAACUCCGCCCUGCCCACGUGGUUCUGCCUCCGCUCUCUGACUCUGCACAGUCAGUCCACCUUCAAAUACACAGAUGUGCUGAGUCUGGUGAGAGCCCUGAAGCAGCUGUCUGAGAGCUCCAGCAGCUGUCUCACAGAGCUGAACAUCAGCGUCCUGCCCUACACCGAACUCAUCGGGAUGCUGCUGGAUGCAAGGCCCAGCCUGGUGUCUCUGCAUGUGGAGAUCCACACCAUGCUGUGGAUGCCACAUGUCACUGCGCCCGUGUUUGCAGAGCCAGACACGUCAGAGCUGCCCCUACAGAGGUUGACAGUUAAACUGACUGAGUUCCAGACAGAUCUGCACUUCAUCACAUCUGUGCUGAGGCGUUCUCCACAUCUGUCCUCACUUCACAUAGCAGGACUCAGACUGUCGGGUGACGUCUCUCAAAGCCAACUCCUCUCCGUUCUCUCAGUGUCAAAUCAGAGGUUGAAGAGUCUGAACUUGGAGGACAUGAACCUGGCUGACUGUCUUCCUGACAUUCUGCAUCUGCUUAGAAACUCCAUACUGGAAGAGCUGAAUCUUAAUGACUGCCGACUUCUUGAGACGUGGACCAACAAGGAGGAGAGUCUCCUGCAGCUGGUGUCGGCUCUGACCACCGUACCGACUCUCCACACACUGGGCUUGGCUCAGAACCGCCUCGCCAAGAACGUGUAUGUCCUGACAGAACUGUUCUCAGGAUCAUCACCGAGCUCACUGAAGAAGCUCAACAUCAGUUCCAACUUCAUUCAGCCCACUGACCUGCUCCACUUUGCGAAGAGACUGAAGAAACACCACCCUCCCCACCGGCUGACCCUGGACCUGAGGAAAAACCCCGGGGAUCGAGACCCAGACAUGUGGAUGGCUGCUCUGAAGAAGCUUAGGCCGUUCUGCUUCCUCAUGGUUGAAGGAUGGAUUUCCACAGACACGAUGGCCGACCACAUCAGUAACAUGUGACCUAAGUGGAACCCAAGUAUUUAACACUCCUAUGGGAGUGAAAAGGUCUGUAAAGAGUUCAUACUUUUUAUUUCAAAGUAUGUCAUUUUGACAGAAGACGGACUAUGGUCAGUUUAAGUUCAGUUCACAGUAGAUCGACGUGUAAACAUUGCAGUAUUGUUCACAGGAAAUUGACACAGAUUUAAUAUUCUAAGAGACAAUAUUUUAAAUCAGAUUUUCUACUGUUUAGAUUUUAGGAGCUUCUUCUUGUCAACAAGAGAGUUCACAGUUAGAAAAUAAAGCAGAAUCCAGUGUUCGUUUGACAUUUGAAUCAUUUAUUAAACCAACGUCCGUUACACUUCCAGAGUCUCCUCUCAGACAGAGUGUGAGUGACAGUGGACAUUAAGAUACAACUGAAAAAGCUGGACGGUGAGGUGGGGUGAGGGAGCGGUCAGAACGCAGCUGUCUCACACCUCAACAUGGUCGUCGUACUUCAGAAGCACAGCAUGGACACUGACUAGUUCAUCAUUAGUAGGAACCAAGUAAAAAACGGUCAGAAAAAUGGAUUAAAAAGAGCUUUGUCUUAAUCUUAGUGGAUUUGUUUAAAGCUAAAUACGGUAACACUUUUCAGUAAAUUCACUUGUAUAUUCUCAUGUUUUAGUAAAAGUCAAGUUGAGAGUGACGACCCGAUGUCUGCAUGCUAAUUGGUUGAUUUGUUGGGUCAAUACAGGACAGCACUGCA